UGGAUGGACUGCAUGGAACCGCUGGUGGAAGCGCGGCUGCCGACGCCGGCAGCAGCCACCAACUCCCUUCACGUCGCAUCGAGGCAACGCACGGAGACACAGUGGCAUGGAGACUUAUGACGCCAUUGUCACGAAGCUCGAGCUCAUGGAAGCAGCCGCUGCCGUCGUACCGAGCGAUCGACGGUACGAGAGGCUCGCCCGCCUCGUCGAUGUCAACGAAAUCGACAGCCUCGUGCCGUUCAAGGAUGCGUACGGUCGCCUCGGGCCCUCGUCAUGGGACGCUGGUCACUGCUUCGAGACUGCGCGCAGCACAAUUGAAGUCGAACCCUACCGCUUGCUCUACAGACGUCCAACGAAUACCGAUUGCAUCCGCGACUGGCCGCAUUGCCUCUGGACGCCUUAUGCGCCCUCGGGUAUUUCCACCGGCCUCCGCAGUCGCCUCCUGCACAGCCACUACUUUGCCACCGCGCAGCGCGCGCCUCCUAACGUCGCACUCGUAACUCUUGUGUGCUUUUAG